AUGCCUGCCGCGGUUACUCUUCGGGCGCUUGCCAAGCAGGUGAAAGCUUCCAUCUCUGCCGCAGAUCUGGCUGCUGGCACAUUUGCCAUCGGUGGAGAAAUUCCUAUCGAGCAGCCGAAGGGAGAACCUAGCGCUGCAAGCACCAGUAAGAAGGCAAAGAAGAGCGAGGAGAAGAAAGUCUCGUCCGCUCCUGUUAUCCUUCGGUGGGACAACCCAGCGGACCACCCCGGACCCCAUCGAGUUUCUUUCCCCCUCACGUCUGGCGAGGACACUGCAGCGUUCGAGCAUCUUCUCAAAGCUUCUGAGAAGGCAACAUUCGGAUUGAACGGACGACAUGAGUUUGAUGAGACUUACCGCAAGGCUCAGAAGCUUGGUGCUAAUGAUUUCUGCACCACCUUCUGCCUGUACGAAACAGGUAUUAUCGAUGCUGUUUGCCAGGUCCUCCUCCCAAGCUUCGACACAGCCGAAACCAAGCGGUCACUUCGCGCUGAGCUGUACAACUUGAACAUCUACUCCGGACCUUCGGGCAAGUUCAAAGCACACGUGGAUACCCCCCGAUCCAGCUACCAGAUCGGCUCACUUGUUGUCUGCCUUCCUAUGAAGCACGAGGGUGGCGAGCUUGCCCCCUCGAUUCAGUGGGCAGCAUUUUACAGCGAUUGUGAACAUGAGGUGUUUGAGGUCAAGUCUGGCCACAGGAUUACCCUCACAUACAACCUGUAUGCUACCGCUGGAAACGGAGCCCUCGCCGGUCAGACAUCUGCUUUCAACCCUACCAUGCUGCCACUGUACCAAGAAAUCAAAGCCAUGGUCACUUCGACGAAGUUCCAGGCCAAGAGCAGACUUCUGGGGGUCUAUAGUACAUACGCUUAUCCCCAUACUCAGGAGGAACAUGGCCUACCAUUCUGUCUCAAGGGUAUCGACAUGGUGCUCUACGAGAUUUUCAAGAGCCUGGGUCUGAAGGUCAACUUGUGUGCUAUCCUCGAAAACCCCAUGAGCCGAUGGAAUCCCAAGAAACUGGACGAUGGGAGUUUCUCCGACGGUGCUGCAGACGUUGACCCCGUCAAGAAAAGGAGUACGUCAAAGAAGAGGUCAAAAAAGAGCGGCGAUUGGACGGAGACCGAUUCAGACGAAGAAAAGGACGGAGAGUACGACCCACCAAGAGUUGUCGGAGUCCUCAGUACACAGUACCGUGGAGAGAUGUGUGAAUACCAAAGCGAAAUCAAGGAAAUGUUUGAGGACGCCCUUGACACCAAGAAACUCAGAUUCAACACGAACAACAUUGUCUGGUUGAACAAGAAAUAUGGCGAAUCGAAGCUUCAGGUUUCCUACAUAGCCUACGGUAACGAGCCGUCCACCGCGGAGAUAUACUCCUACUUUGCGAUGGUCGUUCAGGCCCCCAAGAAGGCAAACGCUGCCGACAACGAGGCAGCCCAGAAGCGGGCUCGAGAGGAAUAA